AUGUCAGGCCAGCAGACAGGACACUUGAAAGCCCCUGAGGGUGAGCCCUCUCCCGUAUCACCAGCAACAGCAGUCGACCCCAACGCCUUCUCGGACGAAGACAACCAGACGCAGUCCCCGAGAUUCGUCUCGCACUCACAGCAACCCUCGAGAGGAGGCUCGCGAUCAGUCCGCCGCAAUAACACCAACACCGGCCGCGGAGGGAGGGAGUCCGUUGACGACAACAACCCUCCGCCCACUGGCGUCUCGGUCAAGUCCAACCGGCCCCUGAGAGAAGGCGGCGCCCGCUUCGGAGACUACGACGACGAAUCCGACACGGACCGGUACUGGGACAGUAACGACCGGCAUCCGGACUACAGCGGCGGCCGAGCACCCCGUACACGGCCGCCCCGCGCGCACCUCAACCGGCCGCAACCCUACUUCAACUACGACGCGCAGACGGAGGCCAAGGACUACUACGAGGAGACGCGGUCCUACGAACCCGGCGACUACGGCGGCAGACCGCCCUCCCGCAGGAUGUACGACGAGGAGAUGGCGGGCUACCCGCGCAGCGGCGUGGCGGUCCGCAGCACCAACGGCGAACAGGCGCGCAUCGACUGGCACAACCUGUCGCGGGAGGAGAAGGCGCAGGUGAUGCGUCUGCCGCUGACGCAGUGGAUGAACUCGGACCUCAAGAACCACUUCGUGGCCAGCCUCGGCGAGCUCGUCGGCACGACCAUGUUCCUCUUCUUCGCCUUCGCCGGCACCGGGGUGGCCAACAUCCAGUCGGCCGAUAGCAACUCGACGGGCCUCCUCACGAGCAAGCUGCUCUACAUCUCCAUCAUCUUCGGCUUCUCCCUCAUGGUCAACGUCUGGAUCUUCUUCCGCAUCAGCGGCGGCCUCUUCAACCCGGCCGUGACGCUCGGCAUGGUCCUCGUCAAGGCCAUCCCGCCCGCCCGCGCCGCGUGCCUGUUCGUGGCCCAGAUCCUGGGCGGCAUGCUCGCCUCGCUCAUCGUGCGCUUCCUGUUCCCGGAGAAGUUCAACGUGCGCACGUCGCUCAGCGGCGGCGCCACGCUGGUCCAGGGCGUCUUCAUCGAGGCCAUCCUGACGGCCGAGCUCGUCUUCACCAUCUUCAUGCUGGCCAAGGAGAAGCACCGCGCCACCUUCAUCGCCCCCGUCGGCAUCGGCCUGACCCUCUUCAUCGCCGAGAUGGUGGGCGUGCAGUUCACCGGCGGCUCGCUGAACCCGGCCCGAAGCUUCGGGCCCUGCGUCAUCACGGCAACCUUUGAGGACGAACACUGGAUCUAUUGGGUCGGACCUUGCUUUGGUGCAUUGAUCGCUGUCGUCUUUUACAAGUUCAUCAAGACGCUUGAGUACGAGAUGGCCAACCCGGGCGCCGACGGCGACCCGGAGAAUGACCCUACUCAGAACCCGGCCAAGCUGGCAGAGCUGCGUCUGGCUCGCUCCAAGUCUGCCAAGCAGGGUUGA